UAGUCUCACGUGUUGUAACCGUCUUUUGCGUUCUCCUCACCUCAACACGAAGGCGAGGUCGUUAGACGAAAACGGAAUAAGUAAAUUUUACAGAGUGUUUUAUUUAUUUUGAAGUUUAUAAGAACAUAUAUUUUACGGAGAUGUCACGGAGAUUCGAUUCUUCACGAGACAGACGAGGUGGCGGAGAUGGUGGUUCCAGAAGAGGAAAUAGCCGCGACAGAGACUAUGGACGUGGUGGAGGUGGUGGUGGCUUCAGAGGUUCAAUGAAGGGAUCUCAGCCAGGAGAACGACUAAGGAAACCAAGAUGGGAUAUGGCCACCCUUCAAAAGUUUGAAAAGAACUUUUACAAAGAACAUCCUGCUGUUACCAACAGAUCACCGAUGGAGAUCCAGCAGUUUCAUGGAGACAAGCAAAUUACCAUUUCUGGCAAGAGCAUACCAAACCCUAUCUUCACAUUUGAGGAGGGAAAUUUUCCAGAUUAUGUCAUGAGUCAGAUACGUAGGAACAGUUGGCAGUCACCCACAGCAAUUCAAAGUCAAGCCUGGCCUAUUGCUCUUUCGGGAAGAAAUUUGGUUGGAAUUGCCCAAACAGGCUCUGGAAAAACAUUGGGGUUCAUCUUACCUGCCAUUGUGCAUGUGAACCACCAGCCUUACUUGGAACAUGGAGACGGCCCAAUAGUUCUUGUGCUGGUUCCAACAAGAGAAUUGGCACAGCAGGUGUUGGAAGUCUCUAAUGAGUUUGGCAGAGCAUCACAGUUGAAGACAGCUUGUGUGUAUGGUGGAGCUCCUAAGGGACCACAGCUUCGAGAUUUGGAGAGGGGUGCUGAAAUUUGCAUUGCAACUCCAGGCCGUCUCAUAGAUUUUCUUGAGGCAGGCAAGACUAACCUCCGCAGAACUACCUACCUCGUGCUUGAUGAGGCAGAUCGUAUGUUGGACAUGGGAUUUGAGCCCCAGAUCAGGAAAAUUUUGGACCAAAUCAGACCUGACAGACAGACUCUUAUGUGGAGUGCCACGUGGCCCAAGGAAGUUCGCCGGCUUGCAGAAGAAUUCCUCAAUGACUACAUCCAGGUGAACAUUGGUGCCCUGCAGCUGACUGCUAACCACAACAUUCUACAGAUCAUUGAUGUAUGCAUGGACCAUGAGAAAGAGGAAAAACUUGUGAAACUUCUGAAUGAAAUCAUGCAGGAGAAAGAAAACAAAACUCUCAUAUUUGUAGAAACAAAAAGAAAGGCUGAUGAUAUCGCCCGCCGAAUGAAGCGUGAUGGGUGGCCUGUGUUGAGCAUCCAUGGUGACAAAUCUCAGCAAGAGCGUGACUGGGCUUUGAAUGAUUUCCGCAAUGGCAGAAAUCCUAUCCUUGUUGCUACAGAUGUUGCCUCUCGGGGAUUAGAUGUGGAAGACAUCAAAUUUGUCAUCAACUUUGACUACCCCAACUGCUCAGAGGACUAUGUACAUCGUAUUGGGCGCACUGGUCGCUCAACAAACACAGGCACAGCCUACACUUUCUUCACUCCUGGAAACGCAAAGCAAGCUUCAGACUUGGUGAAUGUGUUGAGGGAGGCGAAACAGGUCAUCAGUCCUAAGCUGUUGCAGUUGGAGGAGAACUCAAAGGGCAUGAGGGGAGGAGGACGCAGCAGGUGGAGAGAUGGAGGCCGUGGAGGCAACCGCUUCUCUGGUGGUGGCGGGAGCCGUUUCUCUGGUGGCGGCAGCUACGGGGGAGGCUACAACAAACCUCAGAGCAAUUUCAGCAGUGGUGGAUUCAAAUCACAGGGUAGUAACUUCAACAGCAUGGGCAGCUAUGGGAAUCAACAAAACGGAAUGGGCCAGAGCAAACCGUUCCAGCAGAAUGGAAGUGCUGGUGGCUUUAAGCCCCAGUGGAACCAGGGUGGCGUGACAGCUGCAUCUCUGGCAUCUAUACAGCCGCCAGCUGCUGCCAAAUAUUAAAUCAUCAGUCAUGGCAUUGUGAUCAUAGUUUACAUUUUCACAGUACUCAUUUUAUUUAUUUUUCUUUGUUGAACAAAAGGCACCAUGGCGUAAUCUUGCGUUUUCCUGGGAGAGGUCACAUGAUAAAAGCUGUCAUUGUUAUACAAAUUUUCUUGUGAAAAUGGGGGAUAGGGCUCUGGAUUUAAAAAAAAAAAAAAAAAAAAAGUUUUGAUCACCCUGUAACCAACUGAAUAGUAGGGUUAGCAACCUGUCUCAAAUUUUGAAGAAAUUUAGCCAUGAAAGGCUUUAUGGUGUUGGAUGUAACUAAGUUUAGCGACCUAUUUUUAUUAUUAUUCAAUGUUUCCUGCAGGGUUGGUAUGCAGUAUUGCAAGUAACAAGUUAGAUUUAUGUAUUUGUUUCACAUUGUGUUUUCCUUUCCUAUGUGGAACAAGUCACUAUGCUUUUUGACAAUAUUCGUUGGCAAUCUCAUGUUAAUAUUAUUAGUCUGUUUUCACAGAAAUGAAUGACAUUUUGCUGCUUGGAUGUGAUGAGCAUGUGGUCAUUUCUGUAGAGUUCUGUCCCAGGGAUCAAAAUUUUUAAUGUCUUAAAUUUCUUGUAGGAGCACUGUGUUCCAUGAAUGUUGUAAUAAAAUGAGCAACUGCACUUCAAUAAUUUA